AUGACUCUACCUCCAGGGUAUAGUCCUAAGGGGGAGUUGCCACCUAAUGCUGUUGUAAGCUCAAGAAAUCUCUCUAUGGCCUUAAGCAAGCCUCUAGCCAGCAAUGAUACAACAACCUUAGAAAAAUUGAAGCUUAACUUGAAUAACAAAUUCAAAUUGAAAGAUCUUCGUGGGUUAAAGCACUUCCUUGGCAUUGAAAUUGCUAAAACUAAACAAGGCAUUUUUAUAUCCCAAAGAUACUAUGUUUUGCAACUGUUGGAAGACUUGGGACAUUUGGGAUGUAAACCUGGCAAUACACCAAUGGAAGUGAAUUUGAAUCUCAGUCAAGAUGGAGAAGAAAAACUUGCUGAUCCAAAACUUUAUAGAAGAAUCAUUGACAAGUUACAAUACUUAAGAAUCACUAGACCUGAUUUAGCCUACACAGUUAAUAAGCUAAGUUAG